AUGAUACUCCAAACAUGUAGAAGGCUCCGUUGUAUUUUCCUACCCCUAAAAAGUAACAAACACCUAAGUGAACAAUUUUUACGAUUUUUCUCCAAAGGGAUUGAAGAAAUCGUUCCAAACGAUUCAAACGCUUCAUACCCUUCAAACGCUUCAUACCAUUCAAACGAUUCAUACCAUUCAAACGAUUCAUACCAUUCAAACGAUUCACCAUCGAAAGUGCUACGUGAAGAAAUCCAGAUUUUAAAAAAGUCGAGAGGGCACACCUUUGACGUUGACGUCAAGGAGCUCAACCGCCUCAUUAGGAGAGAGAAACUCGCCAAAGUUGCGAGGGUCCCACGAAAAGGCAACGCCACCUACGCGGGAAGCGCAGUAAGUGCAGGAAGCACAGUAGGUACAGUAAGCGCAGUAGGUGCAGUAAGCGCAGUAGGUACAGUAAGCGCAGUAGGUACAGUAAGCGCAGUAGGUACAGUAAGCGCAGUAAGCGGUGAAAGAGACAAAGUCAGCGAAAGAGGCAAAUUCAGCGAAAGAGGAACAGUCGGCCAGAGCGGAAAAACGAAGAGCGCCUGGAGUAGUAUGGAAAACACGAAGAACGCAAGGAGGACCGAAAAAGGGGGACAAGCCAGCAUCGUAGAUUUCCCCCGGGAGGACUACCCUCACCAGCAGGAAACAAGCAAGGCAAAACUGUCAGAAGUAGGAGCAGCACACACCAGGGGUGAAGACAUAAGCGUCUUCGAUCACCAGUUAGGCAGCACCCAUGGAGACGUCCGCAAUGUGAACCUAAAUAUGGAGGAAAUGCGCAUCCUAGACGAGUACAUAGAGAACUUAAAUAUUUGGACGGAGUAUACAACGGAGGGACAUUUGCAGAAGACUGGGAAGGAAGAUGGAAGGAACCUUCUUGAAGAAGACGCUCCCAUUGGAAGGAAGGUGAAUAGCCGUAGUCCCGUUGGACUUACCCAUUUUGCAGGCUCCUCGAUUCACACCACUCCUUGUGCAGACGGCUAUGAUGAAAACCCCAUCGAUGAAAACACCUCCGUUGAGAACUUCUCCAAGGGGUACAUCUCAGAUGAAAGCACCCCCGGUAGAGCCCCCUCGGUGGAUAUGGAAUGUCUCUCUAGCUACCUCAUCUUUGGAGAUAACUCUAGUCCACCCAUGAAGCCAUGGCGUCGUGGGUUCGAUGCUCAGGAAGAUGUUGAGAGUGUUGAGAGUGUUGUGAGUGAUGAGGGGGAGAAGGAAGAGAAGGAAGACAGGGCGGAGAAGCAAGACAGGUGGGAGAAGCAAGACAAGGUGAAGAAGCAAGACAAGGUGAAGAAGCAAGACAAAGAGGAAAAUACCUUCAAGGUGCUAAAAUGCGGAAUGGUCCUCAGGAGCCGCAUUAACCGCAAUAUCGUGGAAAAAGGGAUGAACAUCCAGAACAAGGAGGGCAGAAGCAGCAACAACGACAACGACAGCGGCAGCAACAACAGCGACAACAACGACAAGCAAAAGAAGCGGAACAACCCCCUCCUCAAAACAUGGGCAAGAAGGACCAAGGCGAAGUACAGCAACGAGAAGAACGAAAAGCCCCUCCUUACCUCGAAAGGAGAGCCGGAGCCGAAGAACAAAGCACCCGAGUAUGUCGAGAAAGAGGACUCCAAACCUACCUCCCCGGAACACUCUUUGCUUGCUAUGCACAGGCAUUGGAAUGAUGUAAUAUACAAGGGUAUGUGCAAGGCGUUAGGCGAUGUCGAAGAGGAAAUGCUAGACCCAGGAAACUUAUGCAGACAUCCCGGUUAUGGACCGUACUGUGUGUUGAAGGAUGAAAUGUGCAGUGGCUAUGCAUCCCCUGGUCUGGAGAAGAAGGGGGAAACGUUCGACGAGCAUUCCGUUCUGAAGAUGAUGCUCCUUCUGGAGGAGCGCUCUCGAGAGGGGGGCUGCGCUGACCUGGUAGAAGCGCAUUCAUGGGUGGAGGAAGUGAAAGGAGAUGAAGCAGUGGAAGAGGAAGCAGUGGAAGAGGAAGCAGUAGAAGAGGAAGUAGUAAGAGAGGAACUGAUCGAAGAAGUGAUCGAAGAAGUGACCGAAAACCUGUACCCUGACGAACGGCACAACACGGGGAUGUCGAAAAAGCCAAUAAAUGUAUACACCCCCCCUGACGUGGAAGACAUCAUCAAAAUGGAUAUCGCGCACUUUAGUGUAUCUGAAGGCAUCUUCAUCUUAACUUUCUUCUUGGCAUUGAAUUCCCUGUCGCUAAGAAUGCUGAACAAGUUCGCCCCCCUGUGUAUGAAUAACUUGAGUGAGCUCAAUGAGAAUCAGAUUCUGUUGCUUCUCUACCUGUAUGGAAGGGAAAAGAACAAUUUCGACAAUUUCCUAACCAUGUUGAAGGUGUUUUAUUUGAAUAAGAGAGUAUUUGUUCAGAGUGAAUUGAAUUCUCUGCAAAAGAUAGACCAUACAUCGAUGAGGAGUGAAGUUUCAUGGAUGAGACUGCACAAGAAAGAAAUGCUUGAAAUGUGUCGCUGUAGGUAUUACAAAAUGCUGACAAGAGAUCGUCUAGAUCUGCUUUUCCUAAAGGUGUGUCUAAAACAUGGCAUUAAACUAGAUCAGGAGUUAAGACUGUUUUACCAUGAAGGGGAAGAAGUUGCGUAUCGAGGCACUUAUUAUUUGAAACUCUUCGAAUGUUUUUGCAAUCUUACUAGCAAGAAUGACGAAAAUUUGCUUAUUAUGGCCCUGAGGAAGCCACCCUUUUCCGUUAAGAAGGUUAUCCUAUACAAAGCUGAGUCUUAUUUUAGGAAGGCAUUAAGCAUGAGGUACAAACCGACUUGUCUUAGUAGCUUCUUUGAAUUGAAGACCGUUUUGAAAUGCCUCAGCCAGAUCGAUAGUGUAUUCUUUUUCAACUGUGUGAGAAAGUGCAUGGAGAAGGAGUGUCCUGAUAAGACAAUUAUAGGCACAGAGGUUAGAGAACAUUUAGGCAUCACCCCCUUCUUGCUUCCGCACAACUCCAACCCGUUGGUAGAAUCGAGAGAGUUCCCGCAGAGCUCCUCAGUACACUUUAAGGAGCAUGGCAAAAGGAAACGCAUCAAGCGAGUAGGACUUACAGCAAUUCUGGUCGAUUCGGGGAAGAAGACACCUCCUUUGCAAGAACCACUUCUACAUGACACUGUAGAUAUUUACCCCCUCGUAAUAUUUUAUAUUUUAUUGAAUCACAUGAUGAGAUUUUUUCUGCUUCCCAUUUUUCGAGCGUCGGAUUUGUUCCCAUCGUUAAAGGACGUUCUGAUCCCCAAGAGGAGGCUCUUCUUCCGCGAGGACGACGUGCUGAUGGAUUGCGCGAUUGUUAUUCAUCAGUGCUGCCAGCAGGGGGGGCAGGUCACAACAUGCGACUCGACAGGAGUGCAAACAGGAGAGCACACAGACGACUCACCAUUCAUUCCAACGUUCACGAUAACACAAGUGCCAACAGGGGUGCCGGUGGAGGAGUCGCCAGAAUAUUGCCGAUACUCGCAGGACGAAAUGAAACUGUCGUUUUCUCAAUAUUUAUGCACCAACCCAGUCCUCAGGACAAAGCAGCGUAUAGCCUUGUUCAAGGGAGACAGAAAAAGUGCCGAUACAAUUUGGCCUUGUGAUAAAAGAAUAACAGUAAAAAAAAUCCCUGUCAGCCUUUUUAUUCAUUCCAUUAUUUUCAUUAAUCACUAUGUGAAAGACCUAGUCAUUCACUUCGGAGAGUACAACGUAGUGCAUGAAGAUAUUCUCUUCACCCUGGGAUAUUCUUAUUUGAAGUACCUCGUGCUGUUGAAUUCGUUGAAGAAGAGGUGGAGUGCGUCUACUGAUGGGAAAGGUGGCAAAAGAUACAUGCGCGUGAAAGAACACCUGUUUACGCAAGUGGAGAAAAUUAUCCCCCCUUGCUUCAGCAACCUGGGAGAAGUGAACCAUGAUGCAGGAAAACAGCACGGCCGUUGGGAGAGGCCAAUAUACAGCACGAAUAAGGAUCUGUCGCAGUAUUCCAGGUACUUCGGUGCUCAAUACAGGGCGGACAGAGAGGGCAAAGAGGACAUAGCGGACAAACCGGACAAAUCGCACAAACCGCACAAACAGAACAAUGGAAGAAGAUCCCCCUCGGGGAGAAUUCGAUCCAACUUCAUCACCUGUAAAAGGACCACCUCCUUCAUUUUCAACACCAUCUUCUAUAUUAUCAUUCGAUACAUCGAGUACGAUUCGCGUAAAUGGAUCAAGGAGAAAGAGGACUCUUGGUUUCUCUCUAAGACGAAGUUUCUAAAGAUCAUGAUUUACACCCUCACGUGCUACAUAAAUAGCCUCUGUUUAGAAAAAUGGGAUUACUUCGAUUUCAUGUCAAAAAAUUCCCUCCCUCAUCUUCACAUUUUACCCAACUGGAAAAAAAUAAGCUUCGGUGUCCAAGUGAGAAACGUCAAACCCUGCCUUAUGUACCUCUCAGAGAUUAUAGAGCAUUUUUCUCAUUAUGUAUUUUAUUGCCUACCAGAGAUGCGUGUUCUGAAGAUGAAUCAAGAUGAGUUAGCAAGCCUGACAAGAUUUCUCUCCAUGUUUUUAAUUCCCCUACAUUUUGACGUUUACUUUGAUGAGAAUUUUAGCUUUUAUGGAAAUACAUCGGAGGAUGAGGAGGAACCAACCUCUCUGUACAUGGGUGCUAGGCACCACAUAGGUAGGAAGAAUUACAAUACCCGGAUGAAGAACCACCAUGGCGACGUUCUCCAAAAAGGGGAGCCGAAAAAAAAGAACAAGUUAAUCCUGUUUUAUGAAGCCAUUUUCAGUUACUACCUUGAUGAGACGCUCAUCACAGAUCCAAUGACGCUGUCUAUUGACUACUUACCGAUUAGGCUUGACACCAUGGCUCGUGUAAUAGUUGUCGUUGCAUUAUAUGACCUCCCAUCCACCGAGGUCAUUGCGGAUCUAAAUAAAAUAGUGAGUCGCCUCCUCUCCGAGUUAGACCAAAUCAGUGCCAAGCACCACCAUAUGAUCCUCAGCUCUUGCCAAAACGUCAUUGAUCACCAGAAUCUCCUGAACAAAUACAAAAUGGUUAACUUUACCAAUUUCUCCAUGCUGUACGACUACAUUGUGAAGCUUUGUUAG